UGCUAACCUAAAGCUUCCAAAAUCCCGUUCAAAGCAUCGCGAGACCUUUUGGAUUAUCAGGACCCGAUUUCGCGAGAGAUAACGAGACUUUGUGUUAAUACACAGAAACCAUGGCGGACAGGCUAACGCAGCUCCAAGACGCUGUCAACUCGCUUGCAGAUCAGUUUUGUAAUGCCAUCGGUGUCCUGCAGCAAUGUGCGCCUCCCGCCUCCUUCAGUAACAUCCAGACAGCUAUCAACAAAGAUCAGCCAGCAAACCCAACAGAAGAAUAUGCCCAGCUAUUUGCCGCCCUGAUCGCCAGAACAGCCAAAGAUGUGGAUGUACUAAUCGACUCUCUGCCCAGUGAGGAGUCCACGGCAGCUCUGCAGGCGGCCAGUCUGCGGCAGCUGGAGGAGGAGAACCAUGACGCGGCAGCUCGUCUGGAGGAGGUGGUUUACCGCGGCGAUAUGCUGCUGGAGAAGAUCCAGAGCGCCCUGGCUGACAUCGCCCAGUCUCAGCUCCGCACCCGCAACGGAGCACCAGGCCAGCCCUCGCCAGCCGAAUCCUGACCCGCAACGUACACAGUGCAGUCCUGGACAAUUUCCCCCCUCAUUUUGACUCUUUAUUUUUACCCUCAGACGUCACCUGCAAGCCUCAAAACACCCAACAAUAUGUCUGUAAAGGAAAUGUGAGGUGGCAUUCGGUCAGUGAAACAUCAUCUGAUUGCUUAAUUGCAAUGUUAUUGUCACACAGCAGACACUGGUCCCAAGGCAAACACAUACUGAAAAAUACUUCUGAGUAAAUGGUCAUGUUUUUUAUGUUUUAUGUCUGUGUUGUAUAUUGAUUAAGUCUGUUUUUGUAGAUAUUUAUGAAUGAAAUGGUUGAAAUUCUUGUUUUGGAGUAUCCUCACUGAGAAACCUCUCAACACUCUUCAGACCGGUUAACAAACCCACUCAGCUCACAGUAACUCUGAAGUCUUUUUUUAAUAAAGUUUAACAAACACUUUGGAGAUUUCAUUUGUUCGAACGGAUUGUAUCUGUAAAAGAUCAUUAGUUUGACAUUUUCAUAGAUUUUUCAUAUACAUUUUGAUGCAUUUUUUUCUUGGAAAACAAUAGAGGAAGCCUUUUCAUCUCCAGAACAAGAAGUGUGUUUAUUGUUGCAGUUAGGGCUCACAAGUGAUGCUCCUCUCUCAUCAUAUUGAUAUGAAAAAUGAUUAAAUUCAUAUCCAAAAUGCA